AUGGCAGCGGCGUUCCUCAGCCAGCUGCUUAGAGUCGAGAACAGCGUGGAGCCCAACAGCAGCGACCGAUGCAUCGUCUGUCUAACAGAAUGCGGCACGCUUUGUGACGAGAGCGGCAUCGUCGAGUGGGAAAUGCGCCUCCCGUGCGACCACAAGGUAGGCUCCCGAUGCAUUGCCACCUGGCUUGAUCCCACAGGCGCCGCCAACAAUUCGUGCCCCGUAUGUCGGUAUGUCUUCUUUCCCGCACAGCCUCGGCCGUACCUCGAGCAUGGGAUUAUAGAAGAAGAUCACUUUGACAUGUCAGAUGGUGGUGAGUACGACGGUCCUGGAUCGCCAAACUACAACGCUGACAACGCUUGGACUUUCAACCCUGUCAAUCGGGAUUUCGGCCGCCUGUAUUAUCAUGGAGCGGAGGAUGACGACGAUCAAGGUUGGGGGCCAGACAUUGGCGGAGGCAAUAUUCCAGGAUCGCCAGGCUACAGCCCCCGAUCCUCUGACAGCGCUCCGAGAUCCCCCGUCAGCUCGAAUCUCGAACACCAAGGAAACACUAUGGCGGAGGACGACGACGACGACGACGACGAAGAGGUGCCUGAAGAGGAUAUCCACGAGGGAGCGAGGGUGACGAGCGAGGUCGAAUACCGCCCCAGCACCGACCUGCAGACCGUAAAAGCCAUGUGCGAAACCUACAGCUACCGGCUCAACUUCACCUCCAGCUCGAAGACGAUCGCCGUCUCCCAGCGCUUCGCCGAGAAGAUCCACGUCGCGUGCGCGCUCGCGGGCCACGCUCCGCCGUCCGUCGCGGCGGUCGCCGUCUUCGUGGCGUCACACCUCGCGGGCGCGCCGAAGACGGCGCACUGGGUGUCCCUGAUGUCGGGCGUCGACGCGGACGCCAUCGCCGGCCUUUAUUGGUUCGUUUGCCCGGCGCGGGUGCGUGCUGAGCUUGUGGACGAGGAGAUGCUCGCGAUGAUUGAUAGGGGCGAUCGGGAGACUGUUCUUGGGUUUCUGCCGGGAGCGUGA